AUGUCGACCAACGUGAGGGUUCCAAAACCGAAGCGCAAAUGUAAAGUUCGCUCGCCAAGGAGCUAUUCACGGAGCGAGGAUGGCCUAUGCACUGGCGAGUAUUCACGGGGCUUUGAAACGGCUGAGAUUGUCCCAGCAGUCCCAGGUCGUCCAUCCCGCCCUUCAAUCAACAAAGCCAUCAAGCCUGGGAAAGCCACACCGAGUGGUACCUCGAAUGAACUACUCUUUCAUGUCAAGCAAAGGAAAUUUAUGAAGCUGAUGAAUAUCACUUACACCGGUCAAACGACGCCUUGUCAAUUCGUCCAAAAAUGGCGCGCCGUCCUUCAUAAAUACUUGGGGCCUUGGCCACACUCCGAGGGCUUAAUGCUGGGUCCGAUAUUCUACUUCAUCCAGACUGUACAAGCAAAUCGAGAAACUGAAGCAUGGGCGAACGAUAUCAAAGUCGACAGAUCCAUGCCCCUCGGAGCCAUCCUGGCGCGGAUCAUCAAUGAUUUUCUCGCUGUUCAGACUGCACGACUCUAA